AUGGCUUCUUUGUUCACGUUUUACACUAUUUGCAACUUGUUUCUCUUUGUCUUCCUUUUCUCCAUUGCCAACCAUUCCCGUGCAAGACAACACCCAAAAACCUCGGAUUCUCUAGUCCUAGGUUUAACUAAUAUCAGGAGAACCAUUAAACUCCCCAAAAUAUCAUCAACGUUAAGCAUUAAAGUUUCAUCCCAGUCACCACCAACGUUGGAUAUGAUGGAGCCCUUGAGAGGAGUAAGGGAUGGGUACCUAAUUUCUCUUAACCUGGGCUCACCUCCACAAGUUAUUCAAGUGUAUAUGGAUACUGGAAGUGAUCUCACUUGGGUACCUUGUGGAAAUCUCUCUUUUAACUGCAUAGAUUGUGACAACUAUACAAAUACUACGCCCAUGUCCAAGUUUUCACCUUUGCAAUCAUCUUCUUGUGUUCGGGACUCUUGUGCUAGUGAGUUUUGUAUCAACGUUCAUAGCUCUGAUAACCCAUAUGAUCCUUGUAGCAUUGCCGGUUGCUCUUUGAGUACCCUAGUCAAGGGCACUUGCUCAAGACCAUGCCCUUCGUUCAUAUAUACGUAUGGGGAAGGUGUUGUAGCUGGUACCCUAACUAGGGAUACCCUAACAGUCCAUGGAAGUGCUGACGGCAGUGUUACAAGGGAAGUAACCAAUUUUGGAUUUGGGUGCGUUGGAUCAAGUUAUAAAGAGCCAUUAGGAAUCGCAGGGUUCGGGAAAGGUCCGCUUUCUUUACCUUCUCAAUUAGGGUUUCUCCAAAAGGGUUUCUCUCAUUGUUUUUUGGCUUUCAAGUUUGCCAAUAACCCUAAUAUUUCGAGCCCUCUAGUCGUUGGAGAUCUUGCAAUCUCUUCAAAGGAACAUUUGCAGUUCACUCCAAUGUUAAAGAACCCCAUGUACCCUAAUUACUAUUAUAUCGGAUUAGAGGGCAUAACUAUAGGCAUUGGAUCGGGUUCGGUAAUUCAAGUUCCUACAAACUUAAGAGACUUUGAUUCAUCCGGCAAUGGGGGUAUGUUGAUAGAUUCAGGAACCACCUACACUCAUUUACCCGAGCCAUUCUAUUCUUUACUUCUCUCGGAGUUGGAAUCUGUCAUAAACUACCCUCGAGCUACUGAAGUGGAGGCACGAACGGGGUUUGAUCUAUGCUAUAGAAUCCCAUGCAUAAACAACGUUACAAAUGCUAUGACAACUAUGGAUGUGGAUGAUCAUCUUCUUCCUUCAAUCACGUUCCAUUUCAUUAACAAUGUGAGCCUGGUUUUGCCACAAGAGAACAACUUCUACGCAAUGGGUGCACCACGUAACUCAACAGUGGUUAAGUGUUUGUUGUUCCAGAGCAUGGAUAAUGAGGAUUACGGACCAGCUGGGGUUUUUGGGAGCUUUCAACAACAGAAUGUGGAGGUUGUUUAUGACAUGAAGAUGGAAAGGAUAGGGUUCCAAACAAUGGAUUGCGCCUCUUCAGCUUUCAAACAACUUAUCAAACGUUAA